AUGAGCAAUUCCAGCGUUUAAAAAGAUAUCAAUAAAGUUAUCCCUUACAAUCCUUCAACAAAAAGCGGAGUCGAUAUUAUUUGGAGAGAUGUCAAGUACACUGCCCACACUAAAAAGUAUCAUCGUGAAAUUUUAAAAGGUUUAUCUGGCAUUUGUAAAUCUGGUGAAAUGACUGCUAUUAUGGGAAGCUCUGGUGCAGGUAAAACUACUUUGCUCAAUAUUCUCUGUUGCAGAGCUGAUAACUCAGAUGAAGUUAAAUUAUCUGGAGAAAUUACAGCAAAUGGACAAUCUUUCGAUGCUAGAUCUUUUUCUAACUUUGCUGCUUAUGUUAUGCAAGAAGAUCUCAUCAUGGAAACUAUGACAGUUAGAGAAGCCCUUCAAUUCGCUGCAAAUCUUAAAAUGACAGGAAAUUAAUAAUAAAAGGAUGAAAAAGUAAAUGAAGUACUUAAAAUUAUGCGCUUAGAAAAAUGUUAAAACUCUUUGAUUGGAGGUAUCACUUUCAAAGGUAUCACAAAAGGUGAAAAAAAGCGUACAUCUAUUGCUUUUGAAUUAGUCAGUGAUCCCGAUGUGAUAUUUUUGGAUGAACCUACAAGUGGUUUAGAUUCUUUUACUGCUUAUAAUGUUGUCGAUGUUUUAUAACAGUAUGCUAGAGAAUAAAACAAAACAAUUAUUUGCACCAUCCAUCAACCUUCAUCAGAAAUUUUUAUGAAAUUCGAUCGCUUAAUUCUUUUGGUUGAUGGUAAAUUUAUCUAUCAAGGGCCAAGAAGUAAAGUAAUCCAACAUUUUGCUUCAUUUGGAUUUUAAUGUCCUUAGUUAAGUAAUCCAGCUGAUUAUUUUAUGAGCAUUAUGCACGCAGAAUCUCAAGAAAAUAGAAAUAAUUACUAAACCUAUUUUGAGCAUUUUGACAAAGACUUAAAUCCUUUGAUUGAAUAAGAAAUUUAAUAGCAUAGCAAAGAUUUAAUUGUUCAUAAAUCAGGACAAUCUCCUUACCUUUAACAAUUAAGACUUUUAACUAUCCGUUCUUUUUUAAACAUGAGAAGAAAUCCUAUUUUAGCUCGUUCUAGAAUUGUAUAAGCAAUUAUUCUUGGCUUAUUCACGGGUUUAGUUUAUUCUCAACUCCCUGAUCCAGCUACUCAUGCAAACGAUUAACGUGCUGUUAAUGAUUAUAAUGGUGCACUUUUCUUCUUAGGUAUGGUUAUGCACAUGAACACAUUAUUGCCUAUAGUUCUUACUAUCCCAAGUGAAAGACCUGUUUUUACGAAAGAAGAAAAUGCUAAAUUAUAUGCAGUAUCAGCUUAUUUCUUUUCUAAGUUGAUAGUUGAGAGUAUAAUGAUUAUAUUAUUACCUAUAAUAUACGGUAGUAUAUGCUAUUACAUGAUUGGAUUGAAUGCAGGUUUUGGAAAUUUCUGCUUUUUUAUUUUUAUCAGUAUAUUACAAAGCUUUGUUGGUAAUGCUCACGGCAUGUUGUGUGGUUCCAUUUUCAAAGACGCAAACACUGCAAUUACACUUACUUCAAUAAUGAUUAUGCCAUUCAUGCUCUUUGGUGGUUUUUACAAAAAUUCAGAUGAUAUGCCUGCUUGGAAUAGAUGGAUUUAAUGGACUUCAAAUUACAGAUACGUUUUUGAAGCUUAUGCUCGUAAUAACUAUGAAGAUAGUCCUUUCCAAAUAGAUCCUGUUGCUUAACUUGGUUUAAAUUUUGGUAAAUGGAAAUGCGCCUUACUUUUAUUUGUCUUGUUCAUUGUCUUCUAAAUGUUAGCUCUUCUCUUACUUAAAUUCAAAAAGUAGCGCAUGCAAUGA